ACCUCAGAGCAGCCUUUCUGCCUCCAGAGCCCCCUCAGCGACCGCUUCACCGCGUCUUCGCGCAAUGCGGGAGCUGCAGGGAGUAGCGGGGACUAGUCUCGGGGAUCCCACUCAGGCAGUUCUUACUGCUGUGUGACCCGAGGCCAACUGCCUCCAGACUCUGACCCUAGUACCAAGCGCUAGUAGAAACAACUGCCUCAUCCAGAUGUUGGGAGAAUAACGCCCAAAGUGCGGGGUAGUGAUCCUGGUACACACUGGACGCCCAGUCCAAUGGGUUACAGCAGACUAACUCCAGCAGAAACUUGAGGCAGCUUGGAGAAAGAAGGCAGCAAGCCAGGUCGUGAGAAUGAAAGGCCUCAGUGUGUGGAUUUCCUUUCUGUCCGCCCAGCAGUUUGCUCAGGGUGGGGAUGCACACCUGGCGGCGGAACGCGGGCCAAAUCCACGUCGACACCGGCUCACUUGGCGCGGCCCUAGUUGGGCGGGAUCUGUCGCUCCAAGCCAGCAGGGCCAAAGCUGAGCUAUUGGCUGCCCCAGGGUGGAGUGAAGCUCUACCCACUCCAGGGCUGCUGGUACUGCAGCCUCAGAGCGAGGCAUAGCUUCCCUGGCUAAGGACCCCACCCUUGAAGCUAUUUGCUGUUUUUACCGCUUCCUCCCGACUGACCUUCCAGGGGAAAGGUUGUUGGAGCACGAGGUGUUACUCAGCAAGCCCAGGAAACUUUUGCUCCUGGGAAAAGGCCUCAGUUUACAGGGACAUAUCCUAGCCUUCCAUGCCUGAGACUGUCCAUCCUCCAGACAUGAAGACAGGAAGGGCGCCAUGGAGGAGAAGGUGCUGGUCACAGGUGGGGCUGGCUACAUCGGCAGCCACACAGUACUGGAGCUGCUGGAGGCAGGCUACUCGCCUGUGGUCAUCGACAACUUCCAUAAUGCCAUUCGUGGAGAAGACUCCAUGCCUGAGAGCCUGCGCCGAGUCCAGGAGCUGACAGGCCGCUCUGUGGAGUUUGAAGAGAUGGACAUCUUGGACCAGGCAGCCCUACAGCACCUCUUUAAGAAGCACAGCUUUAAGGCCGUCAUUCACUUUGCUGGGCUCAAGGCUGUGGGCGAGUCGGUGCAGAAGCCUCUGGAUUACUAUAGAGUUAACUUAACAGGGACCAUCCAGCUUCUGGAGAUCAUGAGGGCCCAUGGGGUGAAGAAUCUGGUGUUCAGCAGCUCAGCCACCGUGUACGGGAACCCCCAGUACCUGCCUCUGGAUGAGGCCCACCCCACCGGGGGCUGUACCAACCCCUAUGGCAAGUCUAAGUUCUUCAUUGAGGAGAUGAUCCGGGACCUGUGCCGGGCAGACACGGCCUGGAAUGCUGUGCUGCUUAGGUACUUCAAUCCCAUAGGCGCCCACGCCUCUGGCCGCAUCGGCGAAGAUCCUCAGGGUAUCCCCAACAACCUCAUGCCCUAUGUCUCCCAGGUGGCAAUCGGGCGACGAGAGGCCCUGAAUGUCUUUGGUGACGACUAUGCUACAGAGGAUGGGACAGGCGUGCGGGAUUACAUUCAUGUGGUGGAUCUGGCGAAGGGCCACAUAGCAGCCUUGAAGAAGCUGAAGGAGAGAUGUGGUUGCCGGACCUACAACCUGGGCACGGGCACAGGCUACUCUGUCCUGCAGAUGGUCCAAGCCAUGGAGAAGGCCUCAGGGAAGAAGAUCCCGUACAAGGUGGUAGCACGGCGGGAAGGUGACGUGGCGGCCUGUUAUGCCAACCCCAGCCUGGCCCAUGAGGAGCUGGGCUGGACAGCAGCCUUAGGGCUGGACAGGAUGUGUGAGGAUCUGUGGCGCUGGCAGAAGCAGAACCCUUCAGGCUUUGGGGCACAGGCCUGAGGACCUCCUUGCCAUGGACCAGAAAAGAAAAGAGCAGCUGCCUGCUUUCCAGUCUCCACAGGACCCUGUACCCUCGUACUCUGGGGCCAAGCUGAGGCCACCCUACCUCAAAUGCCAGCUGUCUACUCAGCCCUCCAGGCAGGAGAGAGACCUCUGGCUCCCCUGACCAGAAAGGAGUCUGGGGUUUUCCAGCCUAUCUCCCCCAGAGUCUAGCAACUCAUGUGAUCCCCAGAGCCUUGGGGAGGCCAGGGGGUCUGGGACCAUAGCCUCCCCCAGGCACUAACUUAUACUGCUAUGAUUGAGCUUUCCAAAGUAUUUAAAAUAAAACUGGUUUCUUAUCGUGA